AUGGCACCGCAAUACCAAUCGGCACCUCAAUGCUUUUGUAAAAAGCCAGCUUCGCCGGCCUUUUCAGAAGAAUUUGGUUUAAUAUACGAAUGUCAUUACAUUCAUUCUAACCCAUGGAAAACUGCAACAGAAAAAUAUACAAAUGAAAAGACUACCGACACCAUUAUACCAACGCGUGGUGACGGGACUUCUAUUUGUGGAUUUCAUAUUCAUAAAGAUGUUUGGGAUAAAAUUAUUCAAGAUAAAGGACAAAUUUUAGAUGAACUUGAAACUUGCCCAUUUUUUAAUUUCACAUUUUGUGUAUUCUUUAAUCAAAGGAAUAAAUAUCCUAUUUCACAUCCUCCAGUUCCAAAUUGUUUUUGUGAUAAUCCAGUUGAAAUGAUGUUUAAAAGGCGACCUAGUGGUAAUUUGAUUUUCACUUGUGCCAAUUAUUUAGUUGAUGGUCGACAACCGAAAUGUACUUGGCGUUUAUCAGCUGAAGAAGUUCCAUUUAGAAAUUUAAAUGGAUAUACUCAUCCUAUUAAAAAGCGAUUCGUUAAUGGAUUAUUAGAACAUGAAGAUAAACUUAUUGAAUGUAAUGGCGAUGGGAAUGUUGAAAAUUAUUCAAACGUUGUAGUAGUUGAUAAUGUAAAUAUUGAAAAUUCUGAAAAUCUUGAAAAUCUUGAAAAUUCUGAAAAUAUUGAAAAUGUUGAGAAUGUUGAUACUGUCGAAAAUAUUGAGAAUGUUGGAAAUAUUGGAAAUGAAGAAAAUGUUGAUAAUGUCGGAAACGUCGGAAAUGUUGAAAAAAAAAUCGAAUAUUCAGAAGUUGUGGUAGGCAAUGAAAAAGAUGAUUAUGACGAUGAUAGUGAUAAAAAUAUCAUAGCUAAUAUACGAAAUCUCUUCGAUACCAUGUCUCAAAGCAAAUCAACUCCAUUUUCUUUGGAUGACGAUAUUUUGAAUGUCAUUAAUAAUGCAGAAAUUGUGGAAAGUGUGGAAAGUGUGGAAACUAUGGAAAGUGUACAAAGUGUGGAAGGUGUAGAAAGUAUGGAAAACGUGGAAAGCGUGGAAAGUAUGGAAAACGUAGAAGAUGUGGAAAGUAUGGAAAACGUGGAAAGUGUAGAAAAUGUCAAGAAUGUAGUAAGUGUAAUAAGUGCAGAAAAUGCAGAAAAUGUACAAAAUUUAGACAUUGCAGAAAAUGUACAAAAUGUAAACAUUGCAGAAAAUAUAUAUUUAUCUCAAUUAGAUAAUAUCCCUCGAGAACAUAUUUCAUCCUCUCAAAUAAUUAUGAAUAAUGAAUCUUUAUCAUCCUCACAAUCAAUCCUCAUAAAUAAUGAUUUAAAUGAUACUCUAAAUGAUAAUCUAAAUGAGACUAUAAGUAAUACUUUGAAAAUACCCAUCAAAAACAAUUUUUGUAUCACGAUCACGAAUGAUGAUAGUGACUCCAAAUCUGCAAUUAUAACCAUUCGUGAAAAUUGUAAUAUGGAUGAAUCUCAUGAUCCUUCUAAUUUAUUAAAACUUAAAAAUAGACUUUCUGAAUUAGAAGCAAUUAAUAAAAAUCUUGAAGAUGAAAAUAAAGACCUUCACUUGAAUAUUAAAAGGCAAUCGGAUGAAAUCGGUUCUGAGAACAAGAGAUUACAUCAUGAGAUCAAUAACAUUCGUUUGGAAAAUGAUAAGUUAUGUGAAGAGAAUAAAGAUAUUCGUUCCGAAUUUACAAAAUUGGCUGAUGCAAAUGAAGAAAAUCGUGUGGAAAAUGAAAAAUUAUUUAUAUCGAAUCAAUCCUUAAUUAAUGAAAUUGAAUUAUUACGUACAGAAUUUGAAAAUAUUUCAAAAGAAAAAGAGGAAGCUGUUAAAUUAUCAUUGGAAUUAAAUAAUCUUCAUACUUCAAAUGAAAGUUUUAAAGAUGAAAACAAAAAACUUCUCGAAGAAAUUGAUGAAUUAACGAUAGAUUAUCAAAAUUUAUAUUCUGAAAAUAAUGAAUUAACUUCAGAAAAUCAAAAUCUUUUGGAAGAGAAUAAAUAUCUUCGUAAUGAUAUUUCCGAAUAUGUUGAUGAGAAUGAAAAAUUUCGUAAAGAGAAUCAACAACUUAGUUCAUGGGUUCGAAAAUGGGAUCAUGACACUCUAACUAAAGAAAAUAAGAAUCUUCAUUGGAAAAUCAAAAAUCUUGAAGAACAAAAUAAAAAUCAUCAUCGGAAAAUUAAAAAUCUUGAAGAUGAAAAUAAUCAAUUGAGGUUAACAAUCGAUACCAAUAAAAUGGAUUUAAAAAAUGUUAAAGCUCAAUCUAUUCAUUUACAAGAGGAAAAUAAUCGAAUGAAUGGUAAAGUUGGACAUUUUCAAUCGGAAAUUCAAAAGGAGGUGAAUAAGAGAGUUUCAUGUCAACGUAAAUUUAUGGAACUUCAAGGAAUCGUCAUUGAUGUUCAAAAAGAAAAUGAAACCUUGAAACGUGAAAAAAAACGUGAAUUAGAAGAUAAAGUUUCAGCAUUUAAUAAAUGUCGAGUUUGUUACUCUGAACCUAUCACUCAUGCUAUCGUACCUUGUUAUCAUAUGGCACUUUGUGGAGUAUGUGUUCACGCCGUUGAUAAAUGUGUGAUAUGUCGUAAACCAAAAGAAUCAGUUCUUAGGGCCUUAGAAAAAGAUUCCAAAGAAUAUAAAGCGUUGCAUGAAAUUAAUGCUUUUCCAUAUCGUCCUGGUUUUCAAGCAUGUUCUUCCCCCUCUAGAACUUCCCCACUCUCUGUAUCAGUUUUAUCUGAUUCUUUCGUCUCUAAUACUUUUAAUAUUACUGGAACACUAACGAAACCCAUUACCCCAGAUUACUUACUUUAUAUUAAAUAUAUUGAUAUUACUGUUGUGCUUCCUGCAGUUUUAAAUCAGGUCUUUGUUACGCAAAUUCCAACUGGAACCUCAGUUAAUGUAGUAGAGAAGGUUUCGGUGCCAGAUGGUUUACCGAUAAAUCUAAACCACCUGAUGUUAUAG